AUGGAGUCAUCUUCGUCUUGCCAUCAGCGUGCUGUGACGGACUUAGUUAUAUCUUGUCAGUUCCUGGAAGGCGGGCCAAACGAUAAUAACUGGGACUCUUCCUUUCACCUGGAUCAGCUUAAGUCCUUAUAUGCCGCCAGGCUAGCUAUGUGCGAGCUCAAUGGUGCGGGUGCAGCAACCCCAGAUAAAUGCGUAUCCAUUCUUAGUCUCAAGCAAGAAGAUGGCCCUGAAUCGUAUUCUACACAGUUCCAUGCUAAAACCAGGAAGCAGCAACCAGCAAUCCCUGCGCAGUUGGAAUCCUGCCUCCAUUCUUUAGAGUCGCGGCCGCAGUGGUGGACAAGUUACAGCAACAACCGUCAAAAUGCAGCCGUUAUGUGCCAGGCAGCACGCAUUAAUGUAGAGCGAGAUGAGUUACUGAAGCACCACAAGAAACUCGCUGACAUUACAUUUGGCCUCGGGGCAGCCUUGAACCAGUCGUUGAAUGAUGCAGCGGCUGAGGCUACCAAACAGCGUUCUUUUUUGAAUUCCAUUAAUGACUUACGUUUAAAAAUAAUCCGCGAUAUGCAAGAUGCUGAUGUCCUUGCUCGAAAUCGAUUCUCAGCUUUCGCCAUUGACUUAGAGUCACAAAUCCGUCGGACUGGCGCGGGUGCCAAGGAGUCCAUGAGAGGUAUCCUGUCUGAUGCAGGGGUUCUAUCUAAGGACAUCCUCUUGUCGAUCAAGUCAAUUCAGGACCUGAAGGAUAGUAUGAACGUCUAUUCAGAGAUGCUGAAGCAGAACUCGGAGCUCGCCGCUGCAGAUCAAGAAAGGCAGAAGGCUAAUUCCGAAAUAACCUUAGCCACUCGGCAGUCUCUUGACGAAAUCAGAAACCAGCAUAUAGCCAUUAUCGACCAAGAAUUUAGUCACCUUCAUUCGUCAGUUCGAUCUGUAAAUGAACUAAUAUUUUCAAUCCAUCAAAAACAAGUUUCUUUAGACGAGCGUGUGGAAAGCUUUGAAAGGGCGUUUCAACAAUUCGAAUCCCAAGCCUCUUUGCUUCAAGAAUCGUUGAUGGUGCAGAUUUCAAAUCAAUCGCGAUUCCAGGAGUCGUUUCAUGCUGAUCUUCGCAUCGCCCAGUCUCUCCUCGCUGAUGUGACGAGCUCUGCUGCAAACUUGGCGUUGAAUGUUGAAAAAUCUUUGCAGCGUUUCGACAAAUUUUUCAAUAUUGGAGGGAUUCUGAGCUCUCCUUCCGGGCGCGUUUGGGCCGUUGUGCUCUUGUGUAUUCUGAUAGUCCUCAAUCCGAGAAUAUUUGCUACCUGUCUCCUUAUUUUUGUUACCGUGGCAGGGGUCGUUCCCGGUCGAGCCUUGAACGUUUUACGAAAUUUAGAGCGAUCACCUCUUCAUCCGGUUAAGCUAGAAUCAUGCGCUCGUUUUGCGUGCUUCGUAUUCGGAUUGAUAUUUGGGGUGAUAUUCGUUAUAUCCCUCACGAAGAAAGGAUAUAUUUCGCUCCCCGCUACCCGCAUAUUAUUUGCUAGGAUUUCUAACAGAUCAGAGCGAAAAUCUCUCGAUCUUGCAUAAUCCUUGAACUUUUAUAAGCAUGCACUUGAGUUAUCUUAUAUACCCUUGCAAAUUUAAUACCCAUCAGAUCAGGAUCUGAUUUAUCGAGGGGCUAGAUUUUUCAACGCUGCCGUUUCGGUCCAUCGCGUGUUGCACGUUUUCCUUGACUCAACAUAUAGCGUCUCAUUUCGAUGUUUAUUCUAACUUAUUGAGAUACUCCGUACAAUACAUAUUAUUGUGUCUACCCCACAUAUCAUGGCGUAUGAAAUCUUCAUUAGUAUAAUUAGGAUAACCAAGUGUCUUCGGUUUU